ACAGGAAUCUUCACUGCAGAAAUGGUCUUAAAAAUCAUUGCUCUAGAUCCCUACUAUUAUUUUCAGCAGCCCUGGAAUAUUUUUGACAGCGUAAUUGUCACAUUGAGUUUAAUUGAGUUGACUUUAUCCAAACCCAAAGGCAAAAAAGAAAGCCGAAAAGGAGGAACCCUAUCAGUUUUGCGGUCCUUCAGACUGCUGAGGGUCUUCAAACUAGCAAAGUCCUGGCCAACUUUAAACACCCUCAUUAAAAUCAUUGGUAACUCCCUCGGUGCACUGAGUAACCUGACCUUCGUCCUGGCAAUCAUCGUUUUCAUUUUUGCUAUAGUAGGGGUGCAGCUUUUUGGAGGAAGCUAUAGGACCCAUGGUGAUAGAAUUAAAAAAAAUGGUGAGAUACGCUGGCACAUGAUGGACUUCUUCCAUUCAUUCCUUGUUGUCUUCCGUGUGUUGUGUGGGGAAUGGAUUGAGACCAUGUGGGACUGCAUGGUGGUAGCUGAAAAACCACUGUGCCUUCUUGUCUUCCUGCUGGUCAUGGUAAUAGGAAAUUUAGUGGUACUCAACCUCUUCAUUGCACUGCUGCUGAAUUCCUUCAGUACUGAUUGUCUCCAAACAGCAGAAGAUGAUGGAGAGAUGAACAAUCUUCGGAUUGCCUUUGCUAGGAUUCAUAAGGGACUGCAAUUUGUGAAGAAUGUCAUGUGGGAUGCCUGUUGUGGAAAGCUCAAGCAUCUAAAGAAAGCACAGAAGAAGAAAAACAAGUUGACUGCCCAGAACCCACUGGGUUUGGGAAAAGAAAGAAAAAAUUUUAAAGACAAUUACCAUAUUGAAUGGGCUGAAAAAAAUGGCGAAAUUUGCUCAGGUCUUGAAGAUUUUAUUACCAAUCCUAAUGUGUUUGUUUGUGUCCCUAUUGCUGAGGAAGAGAAUACAAGUGAGGGUUUUGAAGACGAGGAUAAGCUGAGCACAUUUUCAGGCACAGAAUACAGUAAUCAGUUUGAUUCUGUCAGCUCUUCUGAAGGCAGCACAGUGGAUCUGACAAACCCUGAAGAUCUGUUGAGGCAGAUUCCAGAGUUUGCUGAAGACAAGAAGUCUCCAGAAAAGUGUUUUCCAGAAAGCUGUGUUCGAUACUUUCGUUGUUGUAAGGGUAAAGCUGUAAACUUCGGAGGAAAAACAUGGUGGAAUCUGAGGAAAACCUGCUACCAAAUUGUUGAGCACUCCUGGUUUGAAUCCUUUAUCAUAUUCAUGAUUCUUCUGAGCAGCGGAGCCCUGGCAUUUGAAGACAUUCAUAUAAACGAGAGACGAACCAUCAAAGCUGUGUUGUUGUUCCUCGACAGAUUGUUCACUUUUGUCUUCUUUCUGGAGAUGAUCCUGAAAUGGGUGGCUUAUGGCUUCAAUAAGUAUUUCACCAAUGCCUGGUGCUGGCUUGAUUUCUUCAUUGUAGGCGUAAGUUGUAUCUCCUUGAUAAAUAUCUUUGGUAGUUCAUUUGAUGGCGUGAAAUCUCUUAGGACUCUUCGAGCACUGAGACCCUUAAGAGCAUUGUCACGAUUUGAGGGGAUGAGGGUGGUGGUCAAUGCCCUUGUGGGAGCCAUCCCUUCCAUCAUGAACGUUCUGCUCGUCUGCCUCAUCUUCUGGCUCAUCUUUAGCAUCAUGGGAGUCAACCUGUUUGCUGGGAAGUUUGGGAAAUGUGUCAACCUAACAGAAGAAAAUUCAGAAUUGAAUAGUUCAAUCAAUGACAAAGCAGACUGUCAAGCAUGGAAUCACACGGGAAAAAUAUUCUGGGUCAAUGUUAAAGUCAACUUUGAUAACGUUGGCUCUGGCUACCUGGCUCUUCUUCAGGUGGCAACGUUUAAAGGUUGGAUGGAGAUCAUGUAUGCAGCAGUAGACUCACGAGAGAAAAAUGAACAGCCGAGAAUGGAGCACAGUUUAUUUAUGUAUCUCUACUUUGUGAUCUUCAUCAUCUUUGGAUCUUUCUUUACCUUGAAUCUCUUUGUUGGUGUUAUUAUAGACAAUUUCAACCAGCAAAAGAAAAAGUUUGGUGGGGAAGAUAUAUUUAUGACAGAGGAACAGAAAAAAUAUUACAACGCCAUGAAAAAGCUGGGAUCCAAGAAACCUCAAAAACCCAUUCCAAGACCAUUGAACAGAUACCAAGGAUUCCUUUUUGACAUUGCAACAAAUCAAGCCUUUGAUAUCACCAUCAUGAUUCUCAUCUGCCUUAAUAUGAUCACCAUGAUGGUGGAAACCUAUGAACAAAGUGACACGAAGACCAAUGUUCUUAACAAAAUCAAUAUACUCUUCGUUGCUAUUUUUACUACAGAAUGUAUACUGAAAUUGGUGGCCCUGAGGCAGUACUAUUUCUCAAAUGCCUGGAACAUAUUUGAUAUAGUUGUUGUGAUCAUGUCAAUUGUUGCCUUACUGCUUUCUGGCAUUGGUAAAGCAUUUGAACAUUUCUUACCACCUACGCUCUUCAGGGUCAUUCGCUUGGCUCGAAUUGGACGAAUACUGAGACUCAUCAGGGCUGCCAAAGGAAUUCGAACUCUUCUUUUUGCCUUAAUGAUGUCCCUACCUGCUCUGUUCAACAUUGGGCUCUUGCUUUUUCUGGUCAUGUUCAUUUAUGCCAUUUUUGGCAUGGCUAACUUUGCCUACGUGAAGAUGGAAGAUGGCAUUGAUGACAUGUUCAACUUCCAAACCUUUGCUAACAGCAUGCUCUGUCUCUUUGAAAUCACAACGUCAGCUGGCUGGGAUGGCCUUCUCAGUCCUAUUUUAAACACGGGGCCACCAUAUUGUGAUCCAAACGUAACUGGUAGAGUAGGUGAGUGUGGUAAACCUGCAGUAGGAAUUGUUUAUUUUGUGAGUUAUAUCAUUAUAUCAUUUCUCAUCGUAGUAAACAUGUACAUAGCUGUUAUUUUGGAGAACUUCAAUGCUGCUACUGAGGAAAGCACAGAACCUUUAGGGGAAGAUGACUUUGACAUCUUUUAUGAAAUCUGGGAGAAGUUUGACCCUGAAGCAACUCAGUUCAUAACUUUCUCUGCACUUUCAGACUUUGCAGAUGCUCUGGCUGAACCUUUACGUGUACCUAAACCAAACAAAAUUGAACUCAUAGCAAUGGACCUGCCUAUGGUCAGUGGAGAUAGGAUCCAUUGCUUGGAUAUCUUGUUUGCUUUUACCAAACGAGUGUUAGGGGAUUCUGGGGAAAUGGAUACACUGAAAGUACAGAUGGAGGAGAAGUUCAUGUCUGUCAAUCCAUCCAAAAAAUCCUAUGAGCCCAUCUCCACUACACUCAGACACAGACAAGAGGAAGCUUCUGCCACAGUCAUCCAGCGUGCCUACAGGAGUCAUUUGCUUCAGCGCUCCAUAAAGCAUGCUUCUUACCUGUAUCAUCACAGAACUUACAGUGCCGACACUCUUGGAGAUGCUGCUCCAGAAAGAGAAGGACUCAUAGCUUCUAUGAUGGGUGAAAACUAUUGCAGGAAUCUUGAUGAAUCUCAAACUUCAUCCUCAGCAUCCUUUCCCCUGUCAUAUGACAGUGUCACAAGAGCCACUAGUGGCAAUCUGAUGGUUGAGAAUGAAUUUACAGGUGACCAAAAAUCUCUGGACAUUAAAUAGUUUAUGGGUAACAAUGUUGUAAAGAAAUGUUCACAGAUGAUACUGUAAAUACACAUCGGCUGAGGCCGCCUUCCCCAUUGAAAUGGAACUGUCAGAAUUGAUCAUUUAGCCAUGUUUAAGCCUGAUCACUUAACUGUGCCAGUGGCCAAGCUUUAGCAUUGGACUCUGUGUUCACCUUUGUUCAAUAUUAAUACAGGCAGAAAAAGCUGUGGAGGAUUUUGAGCCUGUCCUAUCAGUGAUAUCCUCUUACUUCAAAGGCAGCUCCCAUGGCAGUGUGUUCACAGCAGUGACAAAUAAUGUCACACCUAACAUCACACAGAAUUUCUCCUUAGUCCACUCCCCAGUUGAUAUUCUCAUUGAAAAUCUUCUAAAUAAAUGGCUGCUAAUUUUUUUAUUUUUUAAUAUUUGGAAACUGAAACUUAGCCCCUGCAUGAUCUGUAGUGUAGAAGACUUCUUCCAAUAUGAUCAGACUUCAGAAUAAGUCACGGCAUGUACGCUACUGUGUUACUGCAGCUUAACAAAGUAAUAAAUACAACUCUUAAUAUUCACAAGUUGUAUUGAACCCUUGUACAGGAACUCAAACAGGGAGUGCCUUGUGGGACCAUGUAAGCUCUAUUGGUCAAGGUGGUGGGCAUCAUCCAAGGCCAUGGGGUUAGGUGGUAGAUAUAUCCUCUUGGCAGCAAUUCCCCCUCUUGCCAUUGCUUCCUCAAUGGAAGGAACAGGUUUUUUGCCCCUGCACAUGUUAGAAGAAACCACAAUACAACUAAUGUGGACAAUUAGGAAAUCUGAGUUGAGGCACUUGAUUCUGAGGUUAACAUUGUGCUGUGGAUGUAGUUGCAGAUGCUGCUUCUUAUUGAAUGCAUGCAGAUCGUCUAUCAUGCUCUUCACUGCAUUUUCAUUGCAAAGGUUUUU